UAGGGCGGCGGAGGAAAAUUGGCAGAUCUGUUCUCAUUUAACGCAUUUUGAGGGGCCUCCGUCGAGAACGCGGCGGAGCCGAGCGGCCUCGGCGGAGUUGGUCUGCCGUCACAAGCCCUAGAUUUCUUCCGACGAAUUCGAGGUCGCGUGAAGCCGGGCCGCGUCAUGAUGAUUCUCAACAAGCUCAAGAAUCUCGACGCGUACCCCAAGAUAAACGAGGAUUUCCACUCCCGGACCUCGUCCGGAGGCGUCAUCACCGUCGUCUCUUCCAUCAUCAUAUUCUUUUUGUUUAUCUCCGAAACUAGACUUUUCUUUUACUCAGCAACUGAGAGUAGGCUGAUCGUAGAUGCUUCAAGAGGAGAAAGGCUACAAAUCAAUUUUGAUGUUACUUUUCCAUCUGUAGCCUGUUCACUUCUUAGUGUUGAUACAGUAGACAUAAGUGGGGAGCAGCACUAUGACAUUAGGCAUGAUAUAAUAAAGAAACGGUUGGACCAUCUAGGAAAUGUUAUCGAGUCAAAGCAGGGUGGUAUUGGUGCUCCAAAGAUUGAAAGGCCUUUACAAAAGCAUGGAGGAAGGCUUGAUCACAAUGAAGCUUACUGUGGUACUUGUUAUGGAGCAGAAGAUUCAGAUGAUCAGUGUUGUAAUUCAUGUGAAGAAGUUCAAGAAGCAUACAAGAAGAAAGGAUGGGCUCUAACAAAUGCUGAUCUCAUUGAUCAGUGUUCUAGAGAAGGAUUGUUUCAACAAAUCAAAGAUGAAAAGGGGGAAGGAUGUAAUAUCCAUGGGUUAUUGGAUGUCAGCAAGGUAGCUGGAAAUUUUCACUUCUCUGUUGGAAAAAGCAUCCAUCAAUCAGGCAUCCACACACAUGAUUACAAUAUAACCCACAAGAUAAACAAACUAUCAUUUGGAAAAAAAUUCCCUGGUGUGGUGAACCCACUUGAUGGAGUGCAGUGGAAUCAAGGAGGUUCAUCUGGGAUGUACCAGUACUUCAUCAAGGUAGUUCCAACUAUCUACCAAGACAUGAGAGGACAUAAAAUCCAAUCAAACCAGUUUUCUGUAACUGAUCACUUCAGAGAUGGAAACGCACAGCCAGAUCACCUUCAUGGGGUGUACUUCUUUUAUGACUUCUCGCCAAUUAAGGUGAUUUUCACAGAGGAAAACCGUUCAUUCUUGCACUACGUGACACAGCUAUGUGCAAUAAUUGGAGGUGUCUUCACGGUGUCUGGAAUUAUCGAUGCAUUUGUUUAUCAUGGAAACCGAACCAUCAAGAAGAAAAGAGAGAUUGGAAAAUAUAGGUGAUUUAAUGGGAACAUUUCUGAAUGGUUUCAUGGUUUCUUGAUUCUGAUGGAAUGGGCUACAAAGUAGAGAAGCGCUGUAAAAUCGUUAUUAUAGGCGACAAACUUUAGCAAAUUGUGUUUUUUCUUUUGUAUUUUUAUGUCCAGUGCAAACGAUUGUCUGAUGCCAAGUUAAACUAAAAUUAAUGCAAUGUUAUAUUAUUUUA